AUGACAGCAACAAACAACAACAACAGUAACUUUAUCAUUUCUGAUGAACAAGUUAUUGAUUCAUUAGCUGAGGAAUUAGUUGUGGCAGAAACUAAAACCCUCAACGAAAGAAUUGGUGAAAACAAGAUUGAUUUACAUAACUACCUCAAACACGAUGGAGGAAGAGGAAGGAAAACUGGUACAGCUUUAUUAGUAAAUAAAAUUUCAAAUUUAACGAUUAUAGAUAUUGAUAUCAAUAAAUCGUACAAUGAUGAACUUAAAGAAACAGUUAGAAAAGACAUUCUAUCAAAACUUUCGGAUAAAGAUGUUAUUGUUAAAACCGCUUCAGGAGGUCUUCACAUUUAUUGCAACACUAAUUUCUUCUAUGCAGUUUCGAACAGAAUGAUUAAAUGCUAUUCCUGCAAUGAUUAUGAUAUUGAUAUAAUGACUUCUAUGGAUGAUUCAAAGCGUUCUUUAGUAGUUAUGGCUGAUUCAAGAGUUCGCAAGAAUGCAACAGAACCAAUCAAUACAUACUCAUUCAUUCGUGGAAGUUAUGAUUCAACAUUAACCAGAACAGUGAAUGAUAUAUUAAAUGAUUUGAAUAUUAAGGUAAGAGUUGAACAGAAGAAUGAAGAAAUAAAGAGUAUAAUGAAUGAAAACAAAGAUGUAAACAUUGACGAUAAACUUGCCCAGAGCAUAGUUGAUGGCAUCUGUGAUUUUGAAGUACAUAAUGACGGUGGAAACAUGAAUUUAGAAAAAGAAGUUACAUUAUUCACACUGUUUCAAGCAAUUAAUUCGUUACCUAAUCAUUUAAUUAAUGAAGCCUACGAUAACGUUUAUAACUUCUGCAAUUUAACUGAAAAUGCUAAAAGUAAUUUUGAAAAAGCACGUAGUAGAUAUGCACAUUUAAUGACUUCUCCAUUUGUUUUAGUGAAGAUUCUAAAACUAUACCAAAAGGAAUAUUAUGAUGAAUACGUUUUACCUUUAUUACGUAAGCCAAAAAUAACAUUUGAUAUAAAACUUGAUGAUUCAUUCUUGAUAACAGAUAUUAGACGCAAGGCUGA